AUGGCUGCUUCCAACAUGUCUGUCUGCUCUAAUGACCUAAGCUAUGGCAGCCGUUUCUGCCUGCCCGGGUCCUGUGAGUCUUGCACCGACUCCUCUGGGAAAGUGGACAACUGCCCAGAGAGCUGCUGUGAGCCACCCUGCUGUGCCCCCACCUGCUGCCAGACCAACUGCUGCGCCCCCACCUGCUGUGCCCCAGCCUCCUGCCAGACCCUCAUCUGCACCCCCAUGAGCUGUGUGUCUAGCCCCUGCUGCCAGGCAACCUGUGGGUCCAGCCCCUGCCAAUCAGUCUGCACUAGCUCCUGUGAGCCUUCCUGCUGCCAGCAGUCUAGCUGCCAGCCUGCAUGCUGCAUACUCUCCCCCUGCCAGCAGGCCUGCUGUGUGCCUGUGUGCUGCAAGCCCAUCUGCUGCAAGCCCAUCUGCUGUGUGUCUGUCUGCUGCAAGCCUGUCUGCUGCGAGCCCGUCUGCUGCAAGCCCGUGUGUUGUAAGCCCGUCUGUUGUGAGCCUGUCUGCUGCAAGCCUGUCUGUUGUGUGCCUGUCUGCUGUGGGGCCAGCCCCUGCCCUGCCCCCUCAUGCUGCCAACCCUCUACCUGUACAACCUCCUGCUGUAAACCCUCCUCCUGUGUGUCCCUCAUCUGCCAACCAGUGUGCAAGCCCGCCUGCUGUGUGUCCACCUCCUGCUGUGCCCCUGCCUCCUCUAGUGUGUCCCUGCUCUGCCGCCCCUUGUGCAAGCCUGCCUGCUGUGGCCCCUCAUCCUGCCAGAAUUCCUGCUGCUGA